AUGGGAACCCGGACACACCCGGGGCAUUGGCCUCUAUUGCUAUGUGCAGUGGCAUUUUGCCUCUCGGCCACUGCUGUUGUUGCUGAUGAAUAUAAGCCUUACAUUUAUGCUUCUCCACCACCACCUUAUGUCUAUAAGUCACCACCUCCACCAUCUCCAUCCCCACCACCUCCUUACCAUUACACCUCUCCUCCUCCACCAGUAAAGUCACCACCACCUCCUUAUUACUACAAGUCCCCACCUCCACCCUCUCAUUCGCCACCACCUCCGUACCACUAUACAUCCCCUCCUCCUCCAAAGAAGUCACCACCUCCUCCAUAUUACUAUAAGUCACCACCACCUCCAUCUCCCUCACCACCCCCUCCAUACCAUUACUCAUCCCCUCCUCCUCCAAAGAAGUCACCACCACCUCCUUACUACUACAAGUCUCCACCACCACCUUCUCCUUCACCACCUCCUCCAUACCACUACACAUCUCCUCCGCCUCCAAAGAAGUCACCUCCUCCUCCAUAUUACUAUAAGUCACCACCACCACCACCACCGUCACCAUCACCACCUCCUCCAUACCACUACACAUCCCCUCCUCCUCCAAAGAAGUCACAGCCUCCUCCGUAUUACUACAAGUCCCCACCACCUCCAAAGAAGUCACCACCUCCUCCAUAUCACUACACAUCCCCUCCUCCUCCAAAGAAGUCACCUCCUCCUCCAUAUUACUAUACGUCCCCACCACCACCACCACCAUCACCACCUCCUCCAUACCACUACACAUCUCCUCCUCCUCCAAAGAAGUCACCACCUCCUCCAUAUUACUAUAAGUCCCCACCACCACCGUCUCCUUCACCACCUCCUCCAUAUCACUACACAUCCCCUCCUCCUCCAAAGAAGUCACCACCUCCUCCAUAUCACUACACAUCUCCUCCACCUCCAAAGAAGUCACCUCCUCCUCCAUAUUAUUAUAAGUCCCCACCACCACCGUCACCAUCACCACCUCCUCCAUACCACUACACAUCCCCUCCUCCUCCAAAGAAGUCACCACCUCCUCCGUAUCACUACACAUCCCCUCCUCCUCCAAAGAAGUCACCUCCUCCUCCAUAUUACUAUAAGUCACCACCACCACCGUCUCCUUCACCACCUCCUCCAUAUCACUACACAUCCCCUCCUCCACCAAAAAAAUCACCACCUCCUCCAUAUUACUACAAGUCACCACCACCACCACCACCAUCUCCUUCACCUCCUCCUCCAUACCACUACACAUCCCCUCCUCCUCCAAAAAAAUCACCACCUCCUCCAUACUAUUAUAAGUCACCACCACCACCAUCUCCUUCACCACCCCCACCUUACUAUUACAAAUCUCCACCUCCUCCAGUGAAGUCUCCACCUCCUCCAUAUUACUAUAAAUCUCCACCCCCUCCAGUGAAGUCCCCUCCUCCUUCAUAUUACUACAAAUCUCCACCUCCUCCAGUGAAAUCACCACCUCCUCCAUAUUACUACAAAUCACCACCACCUCCAGUGAAAUCUCCUCCUCCUCCGUACUACUAUAAAUCUCCACCUCCACCAUCUCCAUCACCACCACCUCCGUACUACUACAAGUCACCACCACCUCCUUCACCAUCCCCUCCCCCUCCCUACUACUACAAGUCUCCACCACCCCCUUCUAAGUCGCCUCCUCCUCCAUAUUAUUACUCAUCACCCCCACCUCCUAGCCAUUACUAA